AUGGUGCCACAUGCAACCAGGCCAAUCCGAGCAACCGAUGGAGCUGUUGGUUAUGAUCUAACCUCAAUAGCUAUGUAUGUUAUUCCAGCCUAUGGAAGAACAUUAAUUUCUACGGGUUUAGCCAUGGAAAUACCCUGUGGAAUGUAUGGAAGAAUUGCCCCAAGAUCAGGGCUUGCCUUGCUACACGGCAUCGAUGUUGGCGCAGGAGUAAUUGACCCUGAUUACAGAGGAGAAAUCAAGGUCCUUCUCUUUAAUCAUAAUCAGGAGGAAUUUGAAGUGCGCGCUGGUGACAGAAUUGCUCAGAUCAUCUUUGAGAAGGUUUCUUUACCAAGAAUGGUGGAGAAAGAUGCUCGCAAUCUCUGUGACAUUCGGAAUGAUGAAAGACAUGAUGCUCGCAACUGGAGGAGCACCGAAGGAUUUGGCAGCACGGGGAAAGCUGCUUUGCAGUACAAAAAUGAUGAUUCAGACGAUUCUUUGGAGUACCAUGACCCUUUGGGAUAUCAACAUGAUGAAGAAGAAUCUGACUCAACACUUAACAUUUCUCAUCCUUCCUUUCCUUCAUCGCCGGAGUUAUAUGCUUCAUUGGACGAUCCAGGCCCUAUAUCUGGCAGAGAGGAGUAA